AUGUUCGUUCUGAUUACCGCCAUUGCCGUAAUAGGCUUCAGCAGUUCCGUAGCCUUUUCCGGGAGCACGAAUUCCACCGCAACAUUGAUUGCCGAGAUAAUCGAUGCGUACUACAUCCUCCGGCAAGUGCCCUUGUUGAUAGUCAGUGGAGAAAAGCUUAUCGAAGAAGAUUUGGUCAGCGGAGUGACGCGUAGUCUACGCUACCCCAGAGUGAUUCAGCUUGAUCCCAUCAUCAACGGAUACCAAUCUUGGUCGUACGCCAUAUUCUUCUGCACAGAUUAUGCCGACUUCUUACAGUUCGUAGACAAGCUGAACUCGGACCGGUACGACCUUUUCGGUUACUACACUUUCGUCUUCACCGAGGUCAGUAAAGCCGAAAUCUUGAAUGCAUUCAAAACCUUAUGGAAGCUUAAAAUCCUCCGAGCCGUACUCAUCGCAGUUAACGAGGGUCAACCGCAAGUGUACAACUACUCUCCAUACACCAACUACACAUGCGGCAAACCGACUGUUUACCGUAUCCAGAACCACGUAUCCUACGAGCUAUUCCUACAAAAACUGAAAGAUUUCUAUGGCUGCCCGCUUAGCCUGGGUACCUUCGAAACGCCACCGUUUGUUCAAUUCGAACGUCAGAGGUUGUAUCACGAUAUCAAAUUAACUGGCUUCGAAGGAGAUCUCGUCACUACACUUUCUGGAAAGCUGAAUUUCCGGAUACUCAUUGUCAAUCCUCCGGACAACGCCCAAUGGGGAGUCCCCCAGCGCAACGGGAGCACCGGGUUGAUGAAGCUCCUGCAGGAUGAAACCGUACACUUUGGGAUCGGUUGUCUGGGUUUGAUGGCUCAGCGGAACGAAAUCCUUCAACCUAGUCGAGCUCACUACACUUCCCAGGCGUUAUUUGCCGUACCGGAAGGACUACCCCUGAAUCCUUUCGAAAAGCUGUUCAGACCCUACGAGCGCAUCGUUUGGAUUUUGGUGUGCUGUAUCAAAGGUGGCAUAGCUACACUGGUGCUGGCGUUGAAGUUUGCUCCCAACAACAUCCGGCAUUUCAUCUAUGGUGAGGACAACCAGACUCCGUUCCUGAAUGCGAUCAGCGUUUUCUUCAAUGGAGGUGUGCACGUGGUCCCGGUAAAGACCAUGGCUCGGACUUUGUUGAUUAUCUGGAUUUUACACUGCUUCGUGAUGCGCACCGUCUAUCAAGGUCUACUGUUCCGCUACUUACAGGACGAAUCCAAUCACAGACCAGUGGAUACGAUCGACGGGAUCGAGCAGUCUGAUUUACACUAUUACAUCAAUAAAAAUUCCGAACGGUUUUUCCAGCACAACCCGGGUCUGUUGGAACGAGUUCGCUACAUAGCUCCGGGAAAUGAUAGUAUGGGUGCAGCGUUGGACGCCAUAUCUAGCCAUAGGGUUCGGGACGGAGUCGUGCUGGUCACCCUCGAGCACAUUGCUUACCACAACAAGCAUCGAUUAGCCCAGGGAUUCCUUCGAAGUACCCGAGACAGCUUCUGCUCGUACCCUAUGGUUAUCUACUACCCGAAGAGGACAUUUCUGGUGCGAGUACUGAACCGGGCGAUCGGUGAAAUCGAAACGGCAGGGUUGAUGAGCUACUGGGUCCGUCGGUAUGGAAACUACAACUUUUUUCCCAAAAAGAUCAACAUCGCGCGGCCAACGCCUCUGAACAUUCAGCAGCUGAUGGGAUGCUUCGCAUCCAUUUGCGUGCUGUGGAUCACGAGCUGUGGAUUGUUUGCACUGGAAUUGCUGUCCUUGAAGACGGUGACCUUGAGAAAGUUCCUGGAGUUUGUCGCUCAUAAUUAG